GUUGGAGGCCACUGCGAGGUAGCUUUUCUGGUUGACUACGGAGGGAGACGAAAGAUUUUCAAUUCCCUCUGGCUUCCGUGAUUUUCUAUCCAUGAAACUGGCUUUCCCUGUCAUCCGUUUACCUUCUCUUCGUUACUGUUCCAAUCUCUGCGCUCCCAUUUCUUCAUCUUCUCUUCUAUCUUCCCCACCCGCUGCCCAGAAAUCCCUCCAGAUCCCACUAUUUCUGAGACCCUCUACGUUCUCAGCUACUCUAUCGGACUUCACAAAGUGGCAUGACUGGGCCAGGAAUCUGGCCUCCUCCGUUGGGUCUUCCUUUGUUGAUUCCGACGACGGACCCGACUCCACUCUGUUGUGCAGAGAGCUCAGGUGGUUCAUUGAAGACGCCAUUGAAGACCACUCACUCGUACUCCAAUUGGGUGCCCAGAAGAAUCUCAAGAAUUUGAGAUUAAGAACAUCUUUGGACGGGCUUUACGCUCUGUGGAGGCAGAGGAUUGAAGAGAGGAGACCCUUUCAGUACAUUGUUGGGUGCGAGCAUUGGAGGGAUUUGGUGUUGGCCGUGCAAGAAGGUGUUUUGAUUCCCAGACCAGAAACAGAGAUGAUUGUUGAUUUGGUGGGUGAUUUGGUUGCGAGAGAUGGGGGAUUUAGAGAAGGGUUGUGGGCUGAUUUGGGGACUGGCAGUGGUGCCAUUGCCAUUGGUAUUGGGAGGAUUUUGGGUGCUCAUGGCAGAGUGAUUGCCACGGAUUUAAGUUAUGUGGCGGUGGCAGUGGCUCAAUUCAAUUUGCAGAGGUAUGGUCUGCAGGAUAUUGUAGAGGUGCGGCAAGGAUCUUGGUUUGAACCACUGAAGGAUGUAGAAGGAAAACUUGUGGGUAUUGUGAGUAACCCACCAUAUAUACCUAGCGAAGAUAUAUCUGGGCUACAAGCCGAAGUUGGUAGACAUGAGCCGAGUCUUGCAUUGGAUGGUGGUACAAGUGGCAUGGAUAGCCUUCUCCAUCUCAGCAAUGGGGCUGCACUGAUGUUGAAACCUGGUGGAUUUUUUGUUUUUGAGACAAAUGGAGAAAAGCAGUGCGAGUUCCUAUUGAAUUACCUGACAAAUACUGCUCAUGGCUGCUUCUGCAAUGUUAAUGUAGUAUCUGAUUUUGCUGGUAUUCGACGAUUUGUGACAGGAUUUCGGAGAUGAUUACGAGUAGGAGAGUUGUACACAAAAGUUGGCCAUGGUAAAAAAUGAUGGAAUUCCGGAAAGAAAAUUUAGUAGAUUGUCGGAUUGUAUACUGUAUAGCAACAGCUCUAGUUGGUGGUCAUUGAUUUUAGUAAUCUAUAAAUUAAAAGGGUCAAAAUGAAUGUUGAUAUAAA